AUGGCCACUAGAACUGUGCCCGAAUACGAUGAUCUCGACGUUUACAAUGUCGACGAUUUCGACGACCCAUUUAAAUCCCCGCCGCCCGAGGCAAAAGGCGGAAGCACGACCAAAAGAAAGCAGGCCGAGGCUUUGGGUCUUGAUGAGGAGGUCGAGGUGGCAAAAAGAGCGAGGGUACCGCGAGUGAAGCUGGACGAAGCUCGGCUACUGUCGGAUAACGGGAUACCCAAGCUUCGGAAACGCGCUGCUAAUCUCACGUUCAAAGGUAAAGGACACGAGUUCUCGGAUGCAGCUCGUCUGUUAUCCUUUUACCAGCUCUGGCUCGACGACCUGUUCCCCAAGGCCAAGUUCCUCGACGCUCUGGCCAUGGUUGAGAAAGCCGGUCAUAAGAGGCAGAUCGGAGUCAAGCGCAUGGAGUGGAUUGACGAGAGCAAGCCUAAGCCCGGGGAUGCAGACGAGGAAAGAGCGGAAGAUCCGGUAGAAAAGGCAGCGCAGCAGAGAGACGAGACGACUAUCGCACCAAUAUCAACAACAGUCACUGAACAGCAAAACCCGGGAACACCAGAACAAGUGGAUAAUGUGGAUGUAGAAGACAUAUAUGACUCAACACCUUUGGCUAGGAAGCAGGAUAUGGAAGGGUUCAGGCCACAGCCUGGGGAACCCGAAGACGACGAUCUCGACGCGCUCAUGGCCGAAGCGGAUGCUGCAACACAGGCACUAGCAUCAACUUUUUCGGAGCCCAUUGGCAAGUCGGCUGAGGAUGAUUUUGCAGAUGAAGAGGCUGCCAUGGCCGAAAUGGACGGCUUGUGGUAA